CUUCCAUCAAGAAACAUGGGUUACUGGUUUUGAUUUGGCUGCCCACCAAUAGGGGGCGGUAGCUAGAUCAAAAUCAAGCGCUUUCAUUUUUACACUUUUGAGUUUUCCAACCUGAAAUCUCUCUCUUCUUUGGUUGGAUGCUCAUUCCAGAACAUCCAAUCAAGAACCGCAAUAACUUCCAAAACCUUUUCUUCCCAUGUUUUCUUGAACAUUAGUUCUAAUUCAUUUACAACACUCAGAAGACAUCAUUUGAUUGAUACAAACAUUUGUCUUGGAGAAAUUUGUAGCUGGUUCCAUUGAAGAUUGGAAGUACUAACACAUUUGAAGUGAAAAAUUUCGGACGCAAAAAUAGAUCGAAGAGAUUCAACAAUGUCGUCAGGCGCGGUGAAAGGCCCGGUGAAAGGCCAAAUGAAAGGCCUCCUCAAAGGACUUAGAUACAUAUCCCAAAUAUUUGACGAGGAGGAUGAAAAGGAGAUACAAAUCGGGUUUCCAACAGACGUAAAGCACUUGGCACACAUUGGAGCUGAAAAUGCCAAAGCAAGUCAACCAAGCUGGUUGAGCGAGUUCAAGGAAUUAUCAGAAGGUGGAACAGUGACGAAGGGCACAUCUGAAGGUGAUGCAUCAGGUAUUGUAGAAGAUGAUGCUAAUAGCAAAGGUGAAGGUAGCAGGCGAAGCCGAAAGUCAAGGCCUCGUUCUACAGAGAGCCAGUCCUCGAUGACUCCAGACAUCUGCAAGCCGAGCCGACGACACCACUCGGAAUCUUCUAGAAGGAUGAGUCGUCACUCGUCGGAAGAAGAGAAAACAUCAAAACCUACGCAUCGCAGGAAGAGCAAGACGUCCGAGGAAAAAGACGAGAAAGAAGGUUCCUCCAGGAGGGCUCCCAGAUCUCGAAGACAGCCCAAGGGAGAUUCCUUAACUGAUUUCUCCUUCUCAGAUUCUGGGCCUAGUGGGCCCAACUAGACACGUCAUAGUGGACCAGCAGCAGAUUCAGUUUAGAGAGAGAUUUCAGGGGAAACAAAUUAAUUAUUCUUCCAUUACUCAUACUAAUUACCUAUUAAGUAUUAUAACCAAUCUCGCUUCGUCUUCUGUUCUGACUGAAUCCCAUUUUCUGUUCCUUUUUUUCUCUCCCAUUUUUUUUAAUUCUUUUUUUGUAAUAGUGUCACUCGCUGUUUUGGAUCCUUUUGGAUUCAAUUGUAACGAAUUGGUAUAAAGUGCACCUAUUGAUCAAAGUGA